GGGCGCGCGACGACGUUUUCCCAGCUCGCAACGGGCCAAGGUUUGCUCAGUGUACAUGCUCACAUGGCCCGGUUGGAGUGGGUUCUGGCCAGCUGUCUGGUCCUGAUGGCCACAGAUGGCUUGGUCAGCACGGCCGCAUAUACCCGCGGAUUCUCCGUCAACCAGUUCGGGAGAGAUGUGGCGGACCCCAGCCCUGCGCGGGCGCUGCUUGACCUGUGGAUGUCGUGCGUGUUGCGGGUAUUCACCUCGCUGGUGGUGUGCCUGGGGCUAGCGUGUGGGCCCAACCGGACCACACACGUCCUGCGCAGACUUGUGACACUCUACACCGUGCUGUGUUGUGCCAUGCCGAUCUACGCCACUGUGAAGUUGCUCAUUUUCUCUGAAGGGACGCGGGACUUCGACCCGUGGUUCUGGGCACUGUAUGUGUGGACGCUGGUUUCUUCGCUUCUGCUCUAUGGCACGCUGCAACUGGCCGCGGUCCAUGGCGUCGGCUUGCGGUCGUCGUCGAGCGGAAUCCAACGGCGAGGCGACAGGGAGGAGGGAAGUGAGAGAGAGCGGCAGAGGCUGCUGGACGAGCAUGGGAAGGGGGUGGAUGGCAGUGGACUGGAAGGGCAGGAUGUGGGUCGUGGAAGCAAGAAGGCCUCUCGAACCAACGUUCAGCGAUUGUUUUCCCAGUGCAAACCGGAUGCUCUCUAUCUGGCUGGUGCAUUUAUGUUUCUGGUCAUUUGCUCUAUAGGAGAAAUAUUUAUUCCUUACUACACGGGCCAGGUGAUCGAUGGAAUUGUCAUAAAGAAAAGCCAGGCUGCAUUCAGCAAAGCUAUCCUUUAUAUGUCUCUCAUUGCCAUAGCCAGCUCCAUAGCUGCUGGACUGCGAGGUGGCCUAUUCACGCUGACGAUGUCUCGUCUCAACAUCCGCAUUCGCAAUUUGCUCUUCCGUUCGCUCAUCCAUCAGGAGGUGGCCUUUUUUGACACCACCCGCACAGGGGACAUAACGUCACGACUGAACUCGGAUACAACGGUGGUGAGCGACGUCGUGUCUCAAAACGCCAACGUUUUCCUGCGGAGCCUGGUCAAGGCUGGCGGAGUGUGCAUCUUCAUGUUCGGACUCUCCUGGCGGCUCAGUCUGCUCACUCUGCUGGGUCUGCCCAUCGUCACACUUGUCUCCAAGUUCUACGGAGACUUCUAUGAGAAACUGUCCAAGGCGGUGCAGGACUCCUUGGCGGUGGCAAGCGGCGCUGCCGAGGAGACGCUGGCGGCCAUCCGGACGGUGCGGAGCCUGGCCGGCGAGGAGGCCGAGUGCCGUCGCUACCGUGAUGCGCUGCAGCAUACGUACCGCCACAACCGCCGGCAGGCCCUCGCCUACGCCGGGUUCUCGUGCAGCAACAGCUUGACACAGCUGGCCCUGCAGGUGGGCAUCCUGUACUAUGGAGGACACUUGGUGGUGACUGACCGCAUAUCAGGCGCACACCUUAUCUCCUUCAUCCUUUACCAGAUGGAGCUAGGCGCCUGUCUGGAGAACAUGGGUUCGGUGUACACAGGGCUGAUGCAGGCGGUUGGUGCUGCCGGCAAGGUGUUCGAGUACAUGGAACGGGAGCCGCGCAUGCGCACCGAUGGGACCUUGGCACCUGUGCAGUUGGAGGGGCAAGUUUCUUUCAAGGAUGUCACCUUCGCGUACCCAUCAAGGCCUGACGCACCUGUGCUGAAGGGCGUGUCAUUUGAGCUGCAGCCUGGCCUGGUAACGGCACUGGUGGGGCCGUCUGGGAGCGGCAAAUCAUCCUGCGUGCAUCUGCUUCAACGUCUCUAUGAACCUCUGGGCGGCCGCGUGCUGCUCGAUGGCCAGUCAGUGCACAAGUACCAGCACCACUACCUGCACACUAAGGUGGCGCUGGUAGGACAGGAACCCGUGCUCUUCGCACGUUCUCUUCGGGACAACAUUGCUUAUGGCAUGGAAGACUGCCCAGAGAAUGCAGUAAUAUCUGCUUCACAGCAAGCGAAUGCUCACGAAUUUAUCUCUGACCUGCCUCUUGCUUACCAAACAGAGGCUGGGGAAAAAGGAGCCCAGCUGUCGGGCGGGCAGAAGCAGCGCGUGGCGAUAGCGCGUGCACUGGUGCGGGACCCACGCGUCCUCAUCCUGGAUGAGGCCACCAGUGCUCUGGACGCAGAGAGCGAGCACAUGGUGCAGCAAGCUCUGUACAAUGGCGAGUUGCGGGGCCGCACCGUGUUGGUGAUCGCCCACCGGUUGAGCUCUGUGGAGCGUGCCGAUCACAUUGUGGUGCUGGAGCACGGCCGGCUGGUGGAGCAGGGACCUCACGCUCAGCUGAUGCAGCAGGGCGGUUUGUACGCACGCCUCGUGCAUCGCCAGAUGCUGGGGCUGCCCUCCGCCAUUGACCCCAGUGAGAAGGAAGUUGUUGGCCCAGAUGAGGUAAAGAGCGCACACUCGGAUGUGGGUGCUGGAUCACAAAUGGCCAGCAAGUGGAGCACAAGACCAAACCUUUGCCCAGGCACCCCAAUCUUCACUCACGUUCAGACCAAGAGUUUGAAUGGAGCGUCUCGUGCACGGCAUGGCACUUCCGUGGAGGUUGUCACAAUUCCUAUGGGAAAUGGGGAAAGAACACCCGUCUCGCAUUCUCUGUAAGGCUUGGUUUGUUCCUGUGUGCGCAUGCAGGAGAUGCGUUCUUGAAGGCAGUGCCCUGUUUUUUUUAAGUCUACAGUGAGAGGGUUACAAUAUGUUCUUUUUUGUUGAAAGUUAAACGUUUGAUUCGUGCACUGCCUUUCUUUUCAUCAAAGAGAGUAUCCUUUGAUGCUGUACUCAACUCUAUAUUCUUUUACAGUGCUGCUGCAGGUGGUCAGGAAUGGCAGAUGCAAUAUAUAUGUGUGCAAAUGUAGCCGUAUUGUUUAUUGCCCCCCUUGCCAGAGGAAAGAAGGGAUUAUACUUUUAUGCCUGUCCAUUGGCAAGACAAUCCUAAUUAAUGUUUACUCACUGUCCUAAAGCACUGGUGAGCAUAUGCCUGAUUGGAAAUGAUAGUGAAUAUAAGUGGACAAGUGGUAAGUUGGAAGUCUGUUCAGAUUAUUUCACGUAAGUUUUUUUUACCCUUCAUUUUUGUGUUAUGUUUGAAACUUAUUUUUUUGUUUUACAUCCAUUGCUGGUUUGUUCUGUAGUCAUGGUGUGAAGUCAUACAUACUGUAUUGCCCUUAUUACUAUCGCUUGUUUACUUUAGUACAGAGAACAUUACAUGCAGUUUGCAUUAUUUAUUGAGGUAUAACUUAAGUGCAAUAUAUAGUUCUUGUUUGCGUUCAGUAAUUGUAUUCGCAUAAUACGGUUAAACCAUCAUAUAUAAUUCGAUGCUUGUGUUGUAUUUCACUGCAUAUUAAUGUGAUGAUUAGUGUCUGUGGCUGAUGAGACUGCCGUAGCACAGUCAUCAGGGACGCAGUCAUAUUCACGAACCCCCCUGUGCCAGCCAAUCACCAGGCUGGCAGGUACAAGCAAGCUGCGUUUUUGUCAACAUGGAUUCAAUACCAAAAAGCACUACAAUACUUCAAACACCAGAUGAAGCAGAAAAACGGACUGGACUUGCCAGUCAAGUGUAAGGAUCUUUCAAAGCCAUGACCCCUUAAUCAAAGGUCAAAGUAAAAGUACCUUAUUGGAUUUGCCGAGUCAGAAUCCUCGCGUGUUCCUCGCAUGAAUGGCUGUGAUACCGCAGCGGAGACCUUAUGUCAGGUGUGUUUCACUGGACAGAUACACGAGGCAGAGUUACACUGUUGUACAUGGAAGUGCGGAUUCUUUUCAUGUGUCGGAUUACUGUAUGCUGUGAAUUUAAGAUCGUUUCCGCCAGUGUGUAUUUGAGGGUAAUUUAUAUAAUGUACUUUUGCAUUUGUGGGAGCGGUGGUUUUUGCACCAUUCCUGGCCAUGGCUAACAUCUGGGGUCAUUGAUAACGAAAACCUUCACUAUCAAAGUGGUAGAGUAUGGUCAGAGAGCUUCCAUGAUCAAAGUAAGUCCCAACACUUGUUCUCUCGCACGCUCUUAUGAGUCCAGCUCAUCACGAAUGCACACAAAGGUGUGGACGGGCCUUCUUCAAGCAGUGGGUUGACGGAGGGCUGUAAAUACAUAUUUAUUGAUGGCAAGUUUUUCUACGAAAUGAGCAAUAAACCAAUGAAUAUGUCUAAUAUAACGGCGCUCAAACAUCGUAUAUGAAUUUCGCUUACAUCCACCAUCUCAUAUACUGUACUGCAUUUCAUCUUUGUUAACAUGGUUUGGCACAGCUGAUGUAACAAGGUGGGCAACUUUAGCGUGUCUACUUUGUAGUAUGGAGGUCAAGUUACUACUCUCAUAAUCAUCAACAUCUUCAUAAAAAAAACACAUGCUGCACUAUACCUACAAAUUGAAAUAAAAAUGUAAUGGAGAAUUACAUUGUUGAAUCGUGAGUUAUUGAGGGAUGACACGUGAAGUUUAGGAUGCUUACAAUGUCCUGAUGUCGGGCCUGCUUUCGAACACGAGGUUAUGCAAAACUCGGUUGCAUAUUAAUUCACAGUGCUGGGAAAUGUACUAACGUCAUCGGAGUAACCACUCAAGCCCUGUUGUAAUAGCUUCAUACACAUCGCGAACGUACACGAUAUAAUAGCAUGUGUAUUCGCUGUUCAUUUCGGGACAUUUUGUGGUUUAAGUGCAACAACGUGAAAUAAACGCGUGCAAUGCUAAAUUCA